AUGAGAAAUUCUUCGUCGAUCUCACGUAUACAUAGAAAUGCUGUGAUUUCAUCAGCUGGUCUAACAUAUAUUGAAGAUACCGAUCGUGUUCGAUGUGAUCAGUGUAAGAUUGAAAUCUCUAAUUUAACGAGCGAUAUGAAUCUAUUUGAUGAACAUGCAAGGCAAAGUCCAACAUCUCCUCUGGUGCAUAAAGUGACUGGUAAGCAACAACAGCACGAAAUUGUAGAAAGUUCUUCCCCAUCUUCCACUGAAAUGAAUCCACAAAAACUUCAGAAAACUGAAACAUCGACAUGUGUAGGCGACACAAACCAGAAGCAGGAAAUAGAAGGCUUUAAAUGCAAAUAA